AUGGCCCGCGUCCACAUCCACCACCGCUUCCAGUCCUCCCCUCCCAUUUCCCUCCCCUUCUGCACUUCCGAGGAGGAGGACGAAGGGGAAUGCCCGGUUUCGUCGCCGUUGAUGGUGCCGGGAGGAGGAGAGGGGGCGGUGCACGGCGGCGGAGGAGGGGGAGGGGGAGGAGGAGGAGGACAUCAGUUCUCGAUCAUGGCGGUGGUAGCGGCGGCGCUGAGGAAGUCGCUGGUGAUGUGCAGCGUGGGCGGCGCCGUGGAGGACGGGGGCUGCCCCUCCUCGAUGGAGAUCGGCUGGCCCACCGACGUGCGCCACAUUGCUCACGUGACCUUCGACCGCUUUGGUGGCUUCCUCGGCUUGCCCGUGGAGUUCGAGCCCGAGGUUCCCCAGAGUGUUCCCAGCGCCAGUGUAAGUGUAUUUGGAGUUUCUGCCAAAUCUAUGCAAUGUUCUUAUGAUACGAGAGGGAAUAGUGUGCCAACAAUUUUGCUUCUGAUGCAGAGGCAAUUGUAUUCACAAGGAGGUCUUCAGGCUGAAGGGAUUUUUAGAAUUAAUGCUGAAAAUGGUCAAGAAGCAUAUGUUAGAGACCAAUUAAAUAGAGGAAUUGUGCCACCUGGAACUGAUGUACAUUGUCUAGCUGGUCUGAUAAAGGCAUGGUUUCGGGAGCUCCCCACAGGGGUGCUUGACUCACUGACUCCAGAUCAGGUGAUGCAUUGCAACACUGAAGAAGAGUGCUCUCAACUUGCAAGGAUGCUUCCACCAACAGAAGCAGCAUUGCUUGACUGGGCCAUCAAUCUGAUGGCUGAUGUUGUGGAGCAUGAACAUUCCAACAAGAUGAAUGCUCGUAAUAUUGCUAUGGUUUUUGCACCUAACAUGACUCAGAUGGCCGAUCCCUUGACUGCGUUGAUCCAUGCAGUUCAAGUAAUGAACUUACUCAAGACAUUGAUCAUAAAGACACUGCAAGAAAGGGAGGAGGCAUCUGCAGCCACCAGGACCAUCCAUCCCUGUUCCGAACCUCCAAGCGACAAGGAUGAACCCAGUUUAACAAAACCAGCUGAAGAAUCUAGUGUGGGCUCUAAUGAGAAAACUAUGGACAUGUGUCUUCUUGACAGAGCUGCCUUCUGCAAAUUCUUGUACGAUGCCGAACAUACUCUAUAUAGUGAUGUUGAAGAGAGCUUUCGGAGCUUUGAGAAGAAGAGUGAUAUCAGUGAGGACCGUGAGUUCAUUUCUGGAAAAAGUUCGCAUGUUAGUCGUGAUUUGAAUGCAACUAAAGAUGGGUCUAAAAGUGGACACUGUCGUGGGGAUGCGGAAGGCUUAUUGGAUAGAUUGAAUUUUAGGAAAGGAGUGAGAAAGCUUUGCAGGCACCCUGUGUUUCAGUUAAACAAGUCCAGCAAGAAACUGGGGGAGCUUGGCAUCGGCAACUCUAGGGAAGGAAGUGAAGCUUGGGCAUGAGAUGUAAACAUGUGUCUCAGUAGUUUCCUAUGGUCUUUAUUGUGAUCGUCUGAUGUUUGUGAUUGGUCACAGGAAUUCAAAAAUCUAGUAGGUCAAUGUUCAUAAUGCAGCUGGGAUGAGUAGAAAUAUAAUAUUGUUUAGGCAUACUUAGAGUGGAAGUACUCUAGAUGUGUUCACAAUUUCUAAUCUCUGUUGUCUUUUAGAACAUAGGUUGUCUUUGAAGUUACCAGUCAGAAGUUGUACCUAUAAAUGCUUCAUAUUCAUUGAUUGUAUGGAAUAGUGGAUGAGUUUAAAAAAUUAUGUAGAGCUUGGUCAAAUGAUUUAGCUAA